AUGACAAGUUCCCGAGCGACAGCUGUUGAGAUCUCCCUGAUCUGGAAACAUCUCGAUCUGACGCUCACUGUGCCUUCGUCUCAGUUGCAUUAUCUUCAGUCACAAAAGGAUGCAUUCCUUCAGUGGCUAACCUCUAAAGAACCCGAAGACGAGCAGGGACUAGGGUCAGCGCUGGAGCUGUGCCUUAAAUAUGUCGAGUUCCUCAUCCGACAACAUUCUCCUCGGUCGGCCCUGGUGGCCGUGCUAAGAGCAUUCGAAUCUCGAUUUUUGCAAGAUGACGAAGAUAUCCACUCCAAGGUUGCCGAGUUGAUUCCAGAUUCGAAAGGUCGACAGCUCUAUCUGACAGUGUAUUAUCGCGCCGUUGAAUUGUGUGGCAACGGCGAGCUCGAGAACCACAUCUUUCCGGCGCGCAAUCGGAUGAGUGCGUUGUUCCAGCAUGCUCAAGCCAACAGAGUUCAAUUGAUGGCUGUCUUUGGCGGUCAAGGGGAAGCAAGUCGAACCUGUGUACAAGAGCUAAUAGACCUUCACGCCACCUACAAGCCAAUGCUGCACUCAUUCUUCGGCACGGUCGGCGAUCUGCUCAACAAGCUUUCGAAUCUUCCAGAAUGCGUGUCCUACUUUGGCGCGCAGCCUCUAGAUCUCAAGGCCUGGGUUAAUGACGGCUCGACAAUUCCAGGCACCGGUCGGAUCGCUCAAGCUCCGAUCAGUGUGCCAGUAAUAGGGGUGCUGAGCCUGGCUCGGUAUUGCGUAACAUGCCGGCUUUUGGGCCUGAACCCGGGAGAGUUACGCGCGUUGCUUCGAGCCACGACAGGCCAUUCGCAGGGACUUUUGGUUUCAGCAGUCGUCGCAAUGUCGGACACCUGGGAGACCUUCUAUGACAAUAGCGGGUUGGCAGUCGAAGCACUAUUUUGGUUGGGCUGGGAGUGUCAUCGAGGUGCACCGUGCACUCUCGCAUCGGCGGCACAUGCGCUCGGUGACUGUACAGACGACUACAGCAUGCCCUCCUACAUGCUCAGCGUGCGAGGAAUCAGGAGAAACAGGCUCGAGUCAACACUAGCACAUAUGAACCAAGUCCUACCUUCACAAGCGCAAGUACACCUGGCGCUGAUCAAUGCUCGCGAUCAGUUCGUAAUAGCUGGCCCGUCCACAUCCCUAGCUCACCUGCAAAGCUAUCUGACGGAGGUUGUUGGUUCUGAAAAGGAUCAGAGCCGCGUCCCAUUCAGCAGCAGAAAGCCUUGGAUCCAGUCUAGCUUCUUGCCAAUCAGCACACCCUUCCAUACGCCGUUCCUCGCUAAAGCUGCUGACGCACUCAAGAAACGAUUUUCACGGCACCAGGUGGUAUCAGAAGAUUUCAAGAUCCCCGUAUAUCACACCUACACUGGUCAAGAUCUAAGAGAGAUCAAGGGGAACCUGCUUCAUACUAUUUUUGAUGCAAUCGCGCGGGAGCCUUGCGAUUGGCCUGCUGCCUUGACGGGGUCUUUACCAUUGUCCAAUCCUAUGCACAAUCCAUCUCAUAUCCUUGUCUUCGAUCGAGGCGGGCUGGGUCCAUUGGUGAAGAAGAUCCAGGAAGGAAGAGGAAUCAGGAUAAUACAGGCUAGUGAUCUUGAAUCUCGGGAUACUGAGAUCGGAACGAUGCGUGACCUCUUCUCGCCACGUCUCUUAGAAACAUCGACAAGAAUUCAGAGCUGGAGCCAGCGAUAUCAACCGCGGUUGGUAAAUGGAGGCACAGUCUCUCUUGAGACCCGCCUGAGUCGCUUGCUGGGUUCGCCACCAAUCAUGGUUGCUGGUAUGACUCCGACGACUGUGCAUUGGGACUUCGUUGCCUCCAUCAUGAAUGCUGGAUAUCACGCUGAACUGGCUGGCGGAGGCUAUCGAACUAGCUCGGAUAUGACAACGGCAAUUAAGAAGCUGAUUGACAAUACUCGUCCCGGUCGUGGAGUCACUUGUAACCUCAUCUAUGCAAACCCCCGAGCAAUGGGCUGGCAGAUAGCCAUGCUACGCCGCCUAUCGCACGAUCGAAUCCCCAUUGAUGGACUCACGAUUGGCGCGGGAGUACCCUCAGCAGAGAUCGUUUCCGACUAUAUCCGCACACUUGGCCUGCGUCAUAUUAGUUUCAAACCAAGCUCAGUGUCCACGAUACGACAGGUCGUGGAUAUUGCUAGGACACACCCUGACUUUCCCAUCAUUCUACAGUGGACGGGUGGUCGAGGGGGAGGACAUCAUUCUUAUGAAGAUUUCCAUGCUCCUAUCCUGAGCACAUAUGGCACCAUUCGACAGCAACCCAACAUCUACUUAGUUGCCGGUAGCGGUUUUGGGAGCAGCGAAAGCAUCUACCCAUAUCUCUCGGGGCAGUGGUCUGUUUCGCAUGGCUACCCUUGUAUGCCCUUUGAUGGCGUUUUGUUGGGUAGUCGUAUGAUGGUGGCCCGGGAAGCACACACCUCUCCUGCCGUCAAACAAGUUAUCACAAACACCACUGGUGUUCCAGAUAGCGAAUGGGUGAAGACAUACUCAGGCACAGCAGGAGAAAUUCUCACCGUCCAGUCGGAGAUGGGUGAACCUAUCCACAAGAUCGCCACCCGAGGGGUACGACUCUGGGCGGAUAUGGAUCGAACGGUGUUUAAGCUACCCAGAAAGGAUCGUGUCGCGUACUUGACCAAGAAUCGAGACUCCAUCAUUCAACGGCUGAACUCAGACUUCGCAAAACCCUGGUUUGGUCGAGAUACUCGCGGUGCUGUGGUGGACUUGGAAGACAUGACCUACGCUGAAGUACUUCAUCGUUUGGUUGAUCUGAUGUACGUCCGUCAUCAAAAGCGAUGGAUAGAUCCAUCUUACGUGUGCUUCACCUUGAGCAUUGCGACUCGGACUCUGGAGCGCCUGCCGUGUGCUUCGCUUGAUCAGCGCGCGGAUAUAUCACACACAGUACUCUCAGAGAACCCAGAUCUGUGUCUUCGCUCAAUACUUGAAGUGUGUCCUGAAGCUAAAGACGAAGCCCUCAACCCAGAAGAUGUCUCAUUCUUCCUUUUGGAGAGUCGAAAGCCCAAUCAGAAGCCAGUCAACUUCAUACCGGCCCUCAAUGAAGAUUUUGAGUGGUACUUCAAGAAGGACUCUCUCUGGCAGGCAGAAGAUAUUGAAGCUGUGCCUGACCAAGAUCCCGAGCGUGUUUGUAUCUUGCACGGACCUGUGGCUGCACAAUACUCAGUCGACCGGAAUGAAUCUGCCCAGGAGAUACUGGACGGCAUCCUGGGUGGACUUAUUGAGCGCUGCCAACGCGACACUUGCCUGGAAGACUCAACUUCCAGCUCCGCUAGUGGACUGGCCACUCCUGACAGUUGGACAUCGAUUUCUGGAUUAAGAGAGAUAGCUGUUGAUGACAUGUCGAUUCCAACGUCUAUUUCGACCUCUGAACCUCUCGACGACCGGUCUGUACAUGUUUCGGCCGCCGGGUUAAGCCUGUCUCGCAGUUUACCUCCAUGGAUACGCGCGAUUUUUGGGGAUCCCGUGCUGCUACAGAACAGACGACGACAGCGCAACCCAUUUCAGCAUUUCAUCGCAGCGAACCCCGAUGCAAUCUUCCAUUAUGACCCAGACCGAGGAGAGAUAUCAGUCUGUGUCCAGGACGCAUGCCGGGUAACCUCCUCCAUGAAGCUUUCGAGCCCGAACGGCGUGAACAUUGUUCUGGAACUUUACCCCCCUCAGGUACUCGAACCACUGAGGCUAUUUUAUCGAUUUGAUCCCAGAAGCAUCCCUUUCAGUCUUAGUGAAAUCAUGAACGAAAGGAGUACACGAGUCAAAUCAUUCUACAGCCGCCUCUGGUUCGGGGAAGAUGUGUCGACAAGUGGUAGUAUUCAUGAUACAUUCUACGGGAAGGAGAUGACGCUCACCGAGCAAGUGCUCCAGGACAUGAUCGCGGCUGUUGGCCAGGCCUUCCCAGAUCAAAGACUUAUCUUCCUCGAUUCAGAUGUCCUACCCAUCAGCAUCGGAAUUGUCAUAGCUUGGGAUGUUUUAACAAAGCCUUUGGUGCUCCAGGACGUUGGCGAUGACCUGCUCCGGCUGGUUCACCGGUCGAACACGUUCGAAUACUGCCCUAAUACGGCAAUGCUAAGUGUUGGCGAUGUUGUCCGUUCACAGUCACAGGUCCGUGCUAUCUAUGUUGAAGAUGCUGGUAUGGUUGUUGUUGUGGAAGCCCAGAUUAUGCGUUCGGGCAAACCGGUUCUCACGGUGACAUCGACGUUCCUAUUUCGAGGGACCUUCGAAGGGGAGAGGGAACUCUUCAGACGCAUUAGAGAGCCGGAACGUAAGCUUCAUCUCGGAUCUGAGCUUGAUGAGACUGUUCUUCGACGGCGGGAAUGGUUCUACGUCGAUGAUGAGACGAUUUCACUGAUUGGGAAGACUCUUCUUUUCACGCUGGAAACCCAUACCAUACACAAAGAGGGCGGCUUGAAGGAACUGCAAGUAACGGGAACUGCCAGAGCGCAGCUCGGCGGGUACUUGUGGAAGGAGGUAGGGACGGUGAAUUACAGCUGCGAUGACUGUGUCGGCAACCCGGUACUUGAGUUCCUGGACCGCAAAGGUAGUCUGGCUUCUCCGGAGGUUGAACUUAAGAAUUCGGGAUGGUCAGGUUUGUCGUCUAUUGAAGUACAGAUGCCACCGAGCAACCAGCCAUACGCCAACGUGUCGAAGGACUUCAACCCAAUCCACGUGUCAAGUAUAUUUGCUUCCGUGGCCGACCUCCCCGGCACUCUGUCGCACGGUAUGUGUACUUCCGCAGUCACAGCGGCGGCCUUCGAGCACCUUGCGCUCCACGGCGAUCGACGCCGGCUUCAGUCAUUCACGGCAAGUUUUACUGGCAUGGUCAUGCCCCUGGAAAGGCUGGUCGUCCAAAUCCGGCAUACCGCGAUGGUCGAGGGACGUAUGCGCUUCGCGAUCGAUGUCACGCGCAAGGACAGUGGGGAAAAGGUUCUUGAAGGUAGCGCUGUUGUGGAUCAGCCGGCUACGGCGUACCUGUUCACAGGUCAGGGUAGCCAGAGCAAGGGCAUGGGAAUGGACCUCUACGAGUCAAGUCCAGUGGCGAAAGCUUUGUGGGACGAGAUCGACAUGCAGCUCUACGACUCAUACGGCUGGUCCGUGCUGGACAUUGUGCGCAACAAUCCCAAGUCAAUCACUGUUCAUUUCGGUGGCAAAAGAGGCCGGAAGAUCAGACAGAAUUACUUGUCGAUUACGACCGAGACGGUCCUUCCGGAUAACACACGCAUCGAAACGCCCGCCCUUCCGGGUCUCACCUCUCGAUCCACAUCUUAUACAUUCACCGACCCGAAAGGAUUACUAUACUCUACUCAGUUUGCCCAGCCGGCGAUUCUGCUAUUUGAGGUAGCCGUGAUUGCUGACCUGCGCAGCAAGGGUUAUGUCUCGCCCGAUGCAUUGUAUGCCGGGCAUUCUCUGGGCGAAUACGGCGCAUUGUCGGCUCUGUCGCAGUCGAUUCCGAUGGGUGCACUGGCUGAGUUGUCAUUCUACCGGGGCCUGAUGAUGCAGGCAUCUGUGGCGCGGGGAGAACAGGGAGCGGCGUAUGGGAUGACGGCAGUUAAUCCCAAGCGGGUAGGAAGGUUCUUCAACGAUAUUGCUCUGGGGCGGCUGGUUGAGGCGAUUGCUGAGGUGAGCCACGAGCUACUGGAGAUUGUCAAUCACAACGUCAAGGGGGAGCAAUACGUGUGUUCAGGCACGGACACAAACAUGUGGGUGCUUGGGAAGGUCCUUGAUGGACUGUCACAGUCGCCCAACGGACCUGAUCAGAUUCAGGAGAUGAUGAACAACCCAACGGGGACGAGGGCCAUUGAUGCAACGAUUAAAGAUCUACUGGCUGCAGCACACGGUCUUCGCAAGCCAAUUCAGCUACAACGGGGGACAGCCAGCAUUCCUUUGCAGGGUAUUGAUGUUCCUUUCCAUUCCAGCCACCUGAAAUCGACGGUCGAUCGGUUCCGACAGUGUCUGCUCAAGCCCGGUUUCCUGGAGGGCAACGUAAACAUGGCCGAGUUGGAGGGGCGGUACAUCCCCAAUGUCAUGGCGAAGCCGUUCUCGGUGAACGAGGAAUAUGUUCGGGAGGCAUACGCGUUGACGCAAAGUCCGAUCCUGGGGGAGAUCCUGGGGGUUACGGCAUAG